AUGACGGAGGCAGAGGAAGGGAUCGCCGAGCGUCGCAAAGAGAGAACGGCGAUGGCACUACACGAAGACGCAACCGGCGCGCCGACCAGUUCAGAAGUGGAAUCCAAAGAAUCAUACAAUAUGACAAUCCCAGAAUUUGUGGCCAGUCUUCAUGAGAUGAACCUAGCUCUCGAUGUGACCGACCGGGAAGGCGACACAUUAAUUUCACACGGUCUUGGCUCGUUCAAUUCCAUCUUGGAAGAAAUUUGUUGA